AUGGUCGGAACAGCUGCCAAGCCAUGGAUGAUGUUGAAAGAGAUCUCAUCGGAUGGCAACUGUCAGACAGUGGAUGUGGUUUACCCUCACUUUCCGGUCCAGUUAUAUCUGAAUCCAUCGCUUUUGAAAUACCUUUUGGACCCUUUGCUCGACAAUCAGGAGAGAGGGUUCUUCCCAUUGAAGUACUGUAUGCACGACUUAGGCAGUAGUUAUCCCCGUUGUAUUGGACACAAAGAUGGCAAACAGGAGGACAUGGAGGUCGAGGAGAGCGCCAAUAUGUUGAUAAUGAUGGGCGCGUAUGUGAAAGCAUCGAAAGAUAAACAAUUUGCUGCACAACACUAUAAUAUCUCUAAACAGUGGACACAGUAUUUGGUGGAUCACGGGUUGAUCACCGGCGAUGCUCUAACCACUGAUGACUUUUUGGGAAAAAUUAAAAACUCGACAAACCUUUCGGCGAAAGCUAUUGUAGGCAUCGGAGCUAUGGCUCAGUUGGCGGAAGUGGUCGGCAAUCAUGACGACCAACAAAAGUAUAGACAAAUCGCUGAGAAAUAUGUGACGGAAUGGAUUCGUAUGGGAGAAGACCCCUCUAAUAAACACAUGAAACUCAGUUAUAAUGACAACAACACCUGGUUUAUGAUCUAUAAUACCAACAAAAACCCCUCUAAUAAACACUUAAAACUGAGUUAUAAUGACAACAACACCUGGUUUAUGAUCUAUAACCUCUACGGGGAUAUUCUAUUGGACACCAAAUUGGUCCCAGAAUCGAUAUACAAACAACAGGAUGAGUGGUACAUAUCGGUGCAAAAUAAAUACGGCGUUCCCCUAGAGAGUGGUAAACCUCAUACAAAGUUUGAUUGGGUUAUGUUUACGGCCGCCGCCUCUACUAACGCCAAACUCCGACAGUCUAUGUUUGAUAGGACUGCCCAAUGGCUUCGGGAAACGCCAGCCCACGUGCCCUUUUCGGACUGGGCUGACACACAAACUGGUGGUUCCCCGGGAUUUGUUAACCGACCGGUUAUUGGGGGUAGUUGCAGUGCUGUUGACAACGAUGUAUUACCAGCCGUACCAUUAGUGGUAAGGAGUCCAUACCUGUCCACAUGGAUGACCAGUCGCCAGUUGAUGGGUGAUUGGCCCCGAUUCUGGAACGGAAACAUUAAAGGUAUGGCCGGU